GAUGGAGCUCCUGCUGCAGGGACAGGGUCCCGUGAACCUGCUGGAGACCCGGAUGGAGCUCUUGGGGAUCUGUGCACCUGCUGGGAGACCCGGAUGGAGCUCCUAGGGGCCUCGUGCUCCUGCUGGAGACCAGGAUGGAGCUCCUGGUGUAGGCUCAUGGCCCCGUGCACCUGCUGGAGACCCGGAUGAGCUCCUGGUGCAGGCUAUGGACCCCGUGCACCUGCUGGAGACCCGGAUGGAGCUCCUGGUGCAGGCUCAGGGCCCUGUGUACCUGCUAGAGACCCGAUGGAGCUCCUGGGGGCUCCGUGCACCUACUGGAGACUGGGAUGGAGCUCCUGCUGCAGGGACAGGGUCCCGUGAACCUGCUGGAGACCCGGAUGGAGCACUUGGGGAUCUGUGCACCUGCUGGAGACCCGGAUGGAGCUCCUGGUGUAGGCUCAUGGCCCCGUGCACCUGCUGGAGACCCGGAUGAGCUCCUGGUGCAGGCUAUGGACCCCGUGCACCUGCUGGAGACCCGGAUGGAGUUCUGGGGACACUGUACACUUGCUGAGCGCCGGAUGUGUCUGGAGCCCUGCAAGCACCCAGGGGAACUGGAGACACAGCCAUGUCAGAGUUUCUGUGAGCCGCUGUUCCCUGUGUGGAGCCACGAGUGCCUGAGCAGCUGCACCUUCGUCCGCUCGGCGCUGGCGGCCAAGCAGGGGACGUGUCCGGCCCCUACCCAAGCCAGCGGCUUUGCCGCGGCCUGCGUGGUCAGCUGUGAGGCCGAUGCCGAGUGCCCCGGGGGCCGGAAGUGCUGCCCCAACGGCUGUGGGCGCACCUGCCAGGCGCCCCGGGGGGCCUUCCGAGGGGUCCCCCUAAAACCCCGGAGGCAGCUACGGCUCAGGGAGCUGGGGUCAGGGCCCCUGGAGGUCCGGUGGUCGUCCAGGUUCAACGUUUCCCUGGAGCCCGUGGUGUACGUGGUGCAGCGCCGGUGGAAUUAUGGGAUGGCGCCCAGUGAGCGUGGGGCCACUGCAUGGGAGACAGUGGCCCAGACCACAGACCAGCGAGUCUGGCUGCCCGAUGUCCGGCCCGGCCGCUGGUACCAGUUCCGAGUGGCCGCCGUCAACGUGCACGGUACCCGGGGCUUCACCACUCCUGGCAGGCACUUCCAGUCAUCCAGAGGCCCCUCUCCACUGGGUUGCAGCUCCGUCGGCCCCACCGGCCCCGGCCGACCUGCGUGUGCUGAACUCCACCGUGCGCGACGCCGACGGGACCGUGGCCGCCACCGUGAUCUGGGAGCCCCCCGAGGACCCCGACGUCCCUGUGCACCACUACAGGGUCUCCUGGGGCCACGCGACCGAGGGGCAGUGGCGGAGGAAGACGGUGGACGGGCGCCAGAGUUCAGUGACCCUGCAGCGCCUGCGCCCCAGUAGCGUCUACACCGUGCAGCUGCAGGCUGUGAGCCACUGGGGGCCGACGCGGCUGCGGGGCCCCAAAGCUGCCCUGCACUUCACGGCCGCCGGUGGUGAGUGACCUUUCCGGACACCGGAAGUCCUGCCCACUCCCGCUCACGGUGAGUGGCAUUUCUGGACACCAGAAAUCCUGUCCACGUACUUCUGCUUACGGUGAGUGACGUUUUCUGCAGUAGUCCCGCCCACUCCCGCUCACGGUCAGUGACGGUCCGGACACUGGAAGUCCCACCCACUCACUUCUGCACACUGGAAGUCCCUGUGACACCUCCUGACUCUUUUAGAGCUGUCGUCAGAUGUGAAUGUCACUCUGAUUGACAUGUGUCUAUUACCUUCACAGAUGUAUUGUUCCCAUAGGGCCCCAGCUCCAGUGCAAGGCAUUGACAGAGUCAGCAUCACUUGGACUUCCCAGGAACCUUUGCAGUGAGCGCUCCUGUCAAUCAUGGGUCAUCAGCAUUUUGAACGGACUUCCCAGAAGCCUUUGCAGUUGGGGCUCCUGUCAAUCAUACGUCAUCAUGGAAACGCCAAGAGGACUUCCUAGAAGCCUUUGCAGCAAGUGCUCCUAUCAGUCAUGUGUCAUCUGUGUGCCUAAUAGACUUCCCAGAAGCCUUUGCGGUCGAGGCUCCUGUCAAUUGGUACACAGUUCCAACUCACACACGCAUGACUGCCACACCCAUGAACAUGCAUGUGCGAGCCUGGCUACAUACGUGUGCACCCACACGGCAGCCACAUGCAGGUCCGGGGUCACAACCUUUGAUGGACAGGCGGCUGCAUGACCAUGUGACUUUUUUUAUUUAAUUCUCAUCCCUCCCAGUUGGGCCAUGUGGAAAAUUGCAAGAUGGCUUUCCUGUCACCCGGUUAUUUAUUGACUGAAAUAAACGUGGUCAGGGGUUUUGGGGGUC